AUGGCUGCCGUCAUGGAGGACUAUUUGGAGAGCCCAAUGGAACAGGACGACGUUUUCCCAUGCAAAGGUUGCGGAGAGAUCCUCGAGGAGGGCAAAGCGUUCGAGCUUGCCGGGAACCGAUGGCAUCUCAACUGCUUCCGCUGCAACACCUGCGGCACCCUCCUGGAUUCCGAUGCGAACCUCCUUCUCCUCGGCGAUGGCUCGCUCAUCUGCAACAACUGCACCUACAGUUGCAGUGCCUGCAACAACAAGAUCGAAGACCUUGCCAUUCUCACCGGCGACCAGGCCUUUUGCGCAACAUGUUUCCGCUGUCGCAACUGCAAGCGUAAGAUUGAGAACCUGCGAUACGCGCGGACAUCACAAGGCAUCUUCUGCAUGAGCUGCCAUGAAUCGCUCAUGGCAAGACGGAGGAAGAAAUCGAAAGCGGCAGCGCAAGCCAAGUCAAAAGAGAAGGACACAUCUCCCAUGAUCACGGACAAAUCCUUACCCGCGCUGCCGCCCAACGCUGUCCCUCCCAAUGCUUUCCACGAUACCCGGGUUGAUCCCGACUCAGACAAGGAGACACCCACUGAGCUGUCCCCCCGGCCGCGUCCGGCUUACGGUAGGAACGACUCGUCGUCAAAGAGUAGCGGUCGCCCAUCCCGCUCGCCUGAGCGAACCUCGGAAUCAACCAAGGACAGUAGUGGUUUGGGCCUGCCCUCGUCAAACUAUCGUAACAACCGCAACUCUGGCAUGUACGCCCCGAGCGGCAAUAACAACGGCGAUGUCAACAGCGGCGACGACGGCUUCUUUAUUCCAGUUGCCCUGGAUCAUACGCCGGCCUCGAGCGCGACCCCACGAUCCACUUCGGAGAACACACCGAGUGCGCCCAAGAAGCAAGACAAGGAGUACUUCACUCUGCCCCGGGCCAGCACGGACAAGAAGGGCGACUCCCAGUCGUCAACCCCCCACAUUGCCUUCCAGGAGAAGGGCCGACAACCGUCGGCUGAUUACGAGUCUGGAAACGUCAGGCUGCCCCUGCGCAAGACGUCGAAAUCGUCAAGACAUGACAACCGGUCGUCGGUCAUGAGUGACGAAAGGACGCAAAAGGUGGCCGCCAGCAAGCCCUCGCCGUCAAUUGACGAGUUCAAGCUGCAGGACGCGCCCAAGAGUAAGAAGCUCAUCAGCCCGAGACGCGCCUCGCACUCGGCCGUCAUGACCCCGGAAAGUGGCAGCGCCAGGAGUAGCGAAGGCGUUCUUCGCAGGGACAAGGAGCCUUUUCCGAGCUUGGCUUCGUCCGAAUCACCUCCCCGCAUGGGUGGUGGGACCACUAGAUCGUCCCAGGAUUCGAGACAGCGCGAUGAGGGCGAGGUGCGCCCCUCGUUUGACUCCAUCUCCUCCUCGCGAACAGACACGACGGCUGGCAAGUCCGUCACCCGCAAGGAGCUGCCAUCUUCACGCAGUGCAAACGGCGGCAAGCCUGGCGGCUCUCUGCAUCGAUCCGCUACAAACGAUGAGACAAGCUCGUCGGGCCUCUCCGCUGCGCGCCCGAGUAUGACUGAGCACAAACUCAGCGAUACUUAUAUGCAGCCUCGAGCGCCCCCUCAACCGCCUGGGGUGCCUGCGAACACCCCCAAACCUCCCGCAAAAGACGCAAAGGAUCAGACGAACGUUAACGAAGAAGGCAAGGUCUCACCCAAGCUACCGAGAUGGAGCGCCGGUGGCGAUUUUAGUAUGGACGAGGACAUGGCCAGAAUUCUCGGCACCGACGAAGGUUCAUCGUCUAUGAUGCGCCGUGUGUCAAACGCUGUUCGUCACGGUCGCACCAACAGCACCGAAGGCAGCCAUACUCAACAUCCUCAGCAUCCCCACAGAGUCGCUGGCCACGGGCGGAGUAUCAGCGAAACCACUCGUGGCACCUCAUCGCCUCGUUGGCCCAAGACGCCUCUCGUCGAGGACCCUAACGGGCAUGAGCUCAGCAGUCCCGUCUCCAUUCACUCGAGCGACGACCCGGCGGUCCUUAAGCGGCAGCUGCGUAGCUCGGAAAACCGUGUCGCUGAACUAGAGAGGCAAUUCACCACCGAAAAGGACCUCAAACGACUGAACAAGACACUUAUUGAAAAGCGCAAGACGGUCUCGGUACUGGACACCCAGACUGAGAUUAUGAUUCGUCAGCUCGAGGUCUUGGCCGGAUACGUCGAACGCGCAAAGGAGACAAAGACACCCGUCGAUCCCCGCGACUUGGAAGAAUCUGCAAUCAAAGAAUUCGUACAGAAACUUGACAAGGUCAAGCAGACGAUGAGCGCAGCGAUUGAGCAGCUCCAUGCCGAACGUGACGAGCUACUCGAUGAGAAGAACCAGGCCGUCGCCGACAGGGACCGCGCCCUCUUAGAAUUUGAGCAGCUCUCGUCCAAGAACGCCCAGCUUGCCGACAUGAACAACGACCUGACACACCAGAUCCAGGAGCGGUUCAAGUCUCAGAUCGGCGGCGAACUCAAGUCACCCAACGGAUUGGGCAUCUACAGUCAGAGCAAGGUGUUCUCGUCUUCUCAGCUGAACUUGACCGAUUCUACCAGCAUGGCCACGACUCUCAUCCAUGAGGCGGAUGAGCCCGUGGUCGAGGCUAGGCCGACCGUAGUCGACAUCAGGAAGGGUCAGGUCAAGAAGUUCAACUGGAAGAAGGGCUCAAAGGGCCUGGCACAGAACGUGGCCAAGGGCGUCAACCGUGCCGUUGUGGCUUUCCAGCAGGAGCGCGAGCGGGGCCCGCAUCAGGGCUUGACCGGCGACAACAUCGGCCUGCCGUACAAUAUGACAGUCUCCCAAGUGGAGGGCCCCAUUACCCCAGCCCCUGUCGCCGCGCCGAAGGGCUCGCAACAAGCAGUUGACCGCCAGGGUUUCGGCUUCUUCAAAAAGGGCAGCAACCAGAAGACCAUGUCCUCGACCAAUGUAUCGACGCCCGCCAUCGCAGAAGCGGCCACUACCUUGUUUGGUUCCGACCUCACCGAGAGAGCCGACUACGAACGUCGCACCAUUCCCAGCGUAGUCACGCGCUGCAUUGAGGAAGUGGAGCUUCGCGGUAUGGACAUUGAGGGCAUCUACCGCAAGACGGGCGGUAAUUCGCAGGUGAAGAUGAUCCAAGAAGGUUUCGACAAGAGCGAGGAUUACGACAUUUCAGACCCUGGCCUUGACAUCACUGCAGUGACGAGCGUGCUCAAGCAGUACUUCAGAAAGCUUCCGAUGCCGCUACUGACAUACGAGGUGUAUGACAAGGUCUUGGAGUCAAACGCUCUCACCGACCAGACCGAACGCUGCGACCACCUUCGGAAGGUGUUCAGCUCCAUGCCCGAGUGCCACCGCGACUGCCUCGAGUUUCUCAUGUUCCAUCUCGCGCGGGUGGCCCAGCGAGAGCCUGAGAACUUGAUGUCGCCCAAGAACCUGGCGGUUGUGUUUGCUCCGACCAUCAUGCGCGAUACCAGCCUGGAGCGAGAAAUGACAGACAUGCACGCCAAGAACCUGGCCGUCCAGUUCGUCAUUGAGAACAGCCAUACCAUCUUUACUGACUGA